AAGAAACAUUAGAAAAAGGAUAUCACCAAGACAAGUAUUUUGCACCAAUUUUCGAAGCAUUGAAAAACUCAGAAAAGAGUGAUGAAAAACAAAAGGCACGAGCUGUACAUUACGAAUUAAGAAAUAACAAAUUAUACUUGAAACAAGGCCAACAACUUGCUAUUCCUAAAAACAAAGAAUUGCGGACUAGUUUGUUGCAAGAAUACCAUGACAAUCCUAUUGCUGGACACUUGGGAAUUGAUAAAACAUACGAAGCCAUUCAAAGAGAUUAUUUUUGGCCAAAAAUGGGAAAAGAUGUUCAAAAAUAUGUAACAAGCUGUGACUCAUGUCAAAGGAAUAAAAGUAGCAACAAACAACCAGCAGGACUUUUACAACCACUUCCAACACCAACAAAACACUGGGAACAAGUCACAAUGGAUUUUGUAGUGCAAUUACCAACAACACUGACUGCACCAGAAGUUGCAAAAAUCUUCUUUUCCACUAUUUUUAAAAAUCAUGGUCUACCUCAAGUUAUUAUUUCAGAUAGAGAUGCAAAAUUCACUAGUCAUUUUUGGAAAACAUUAUUUGAACAAGUAGGAACUAAAUUGGCUUUAUCAACUGCAUUUCACCCACAAACAGACGGACAAACAGAACAGAUGAAUAGAACACUAGAAGAAAUGUUACAU